AUGAAGCUCAAACUCCUCAUCACCGUCCUCGUCUCCAUUGCGUCGGCUAGGGAGUUCGCCCUCUUCGACGACGCCAACUACGGCGGAGCCAGCCAUAGAGAGAUCCGCAACAACGAUGGUACUUGCUGGAAUCUCAACGGCAGAGGAGACCGUGCCAGCUCUGUCGGAGGCGAUGCUGGAUGCACUACAUUCUUCCGUGAACGAGACUGCCGCGGAUCCAGCUGGCAGCAGCGUGGCAGUGCGCCCACUGUUCCGUCCUUCCUGAAUGAUCAUAUUUGGUCGUUCCGGAACCAGUGCUAG